AUGGAAAUGCUGAGAGCCACCCGGAUGGAAACGGCCAGACCCACCAGGGAAGAGAGGCUAGGCCGCGACCGCAGAAGAGCGCCACCGCCAGCGUCGUCCUUACCCCGACCAUGGGGCGCGGCCCCUGAGAGGCCCAGUCGACCCCCACAGCCGAAAUGUUACGUGUGUGGACACCCGGACCACAUGUCUUGGGCAUGCCCGGAAUGCGACCGGGAUGUCUCCAUGGCCACAGCCCCCAGCUCAGAUGCAGGCAAACCAUGCCUCCACACAGGGAGUGGACGACGACAACAUGCCAGCCUUCCAGUAAAGAUCGGAGGGACCGAUGCACAUGCAUUACUGGACAGUGGGAGCGCUGUGACCUUGGUACACGCUGACUUUGCUGGACCCCUCAGCAAAGACACCGUCCCAGUGACGUGUGUACAUGGAGAUGUCCGCCAGUAUCCGGUGAGCCACAUACACAUUCAGACACCCCGAGGUGAUGCACUGGUACCAGCUGGAGUGGUACCAAACCUGCCUGUCCCACUACUCAUUGGGUCCGACUGCGUACUCUUUGGCCGUUACUGGACCCCGGGAUUCAUCCCAGGCCCUCGUCAGGGGCCCCACAGAGUGACAGUUCGGCUGAACAGGAGUGACGGGAGAGUAGGAAGGAGGAGAAGGCAGAAGAGGAAGGGGACCUCUUUGUGGAGUUCCCCGUACCAGAAGAGAAUCAACCCCAAAACGGGCGAGUUUGCCACUGCCCAGUGGAAUGAUCAGAACCUCAGCUGGGCCCGACAGCAAGUCGUGGAAAUUGACGGACAGCAAUGUGAAGGGCUGGGAGCGCACCUAGGUGUACAAAAGACGUAUGACCGCAUAAUAACCCGCUUCUAUUGGCCCGGUGUGAAACGAGCCAUAGAAGACUUUUGCAAGGGCUGUCCCGAAUGCCAAAAGAAUGCACCGAGACCCACCUAUCGAAACCCCUUGGUCCCGCUCCCCAUCAUCAGCACCCUGUUCUCACGUCUGGCAAUGGACAUCGUUGGACCACUCCCAAAGUCAGCCAGAGGACAUCGCUACAUACUGGUAAUACUAGACUAUGCCACCCGAUAUCCUGAGGCGGUACAAUUACGCACAGCCUCAGCCAAAGCUAUAGCACAUGAACUGUUUAUGAUGUUUAGCCGAGUCGGAAUUGCAGAUGAGAUUUUAACGGACCAGGGCAAAUGUUUCAUGUCACAAGUGCUAACCAUGCUCUACAAAUGGUUAAAAGUAAAACGCAUACGAACCUCUGUUUAUCAUCCUCAGACAGAUGGCCUGGUGGAACGUUUCAACUAUACGUUGAAAAAGAUGCUAAAAAAAUUAGCCGACGAAGACGGGAAAGACUGGGAUCAUCUUAUUCCAUAUGUCCUCUUUGCCAUCAGAGAGGUGCUCCAGGCAUCCACUGGCUUCUCCCCCUUUGAGCUAGUCUAUGGCCGACGUCCCCGAGGCGUGCUGGACAUUGCGAAAGAGACCUGGGAGAACCAACCCUCGCCACACCGCAGUGUGAUUUGA